GGGAAACUUUCUAGGGGAAACUUUCUAGGGGAGACGCUUUAAAUCAAAAGUAGACAGCAAGCGAUCAACAAAGCAAAAAGUGUUGAAAAUUGGCUGUAAAACUUGCAGAAAUGGCUUAUUCAACUCUAUCUGGGAAGUGCCCUUGUGGCAAUGAUGACCCACUGAAGAUACGUCAUUAUAUAUUUCCUGAUGAUAACCAGUUUCUUGGAAUCUUGUGUUUGAAUUGCAACCAGGAGUGGUUGACAGCUGACUCUGACACAGAAGUUGAUGAAGAAAACACCUGGAUGUUGGGGCAGUACAUGUUACGAAAACAUCAUUCAAAACCAAUCAAGGUGCAACCUGAUCUUGCCCCACGUUCAAGAACAGAAAUUAGGGACCUGUCCCUGUUGAAAAGAGGGGAUCAUUUUGCUUUCAAAAGACCAUACAAAGUUAAUGCAGAAAAUAGCAGGUUUGAGGCCAUUCAUUUGAGUAAAGCAGAAAACGGGAAAUUUCAAGUAAAUAAAAAAAGGAAACCUGUAUCUCGAAAAGAUCGGUUGUAUCGUGUUGAUGAUGAAGAAAAUCAUGACAUUUGUGAAGAUUCUGUUGACUACAGAACUGGUGUUUCAAAAAGAUGUCAGAUGUCUUACAUGUUAAAUUUAGUUGGAAAAAAAGUGGCCGGAAUGACCGGUGCAGAAGCUGGUGCCGCUCCAGGUGUUAAAAACAUUUUUUCUGCAGAAACCGGAGAGCAAUUCCUCAAAGGUUCACGUGCGGUUGGUGCAGGUCUGAUUGUUGCAGCUGAAGGAAUUCAUAUGUCAUCUGACCUAUUUAAGUUAAACAGCCAGAGACAAAAUGGAGAUGCAUCCUAUAAAGAGUACAUUCACUCCACAGCAAUCCGUGUAAGUGAGGGAGUUUCCACUGUAGGCUUGAGUGCUGCUGCUGCUUUUGGUGGCGACGCUAUUGCAUCUGCAGUUUUUGGCUCAGCGUUUGCUACCGCAUUCAUAGGCUUUUAUGGUGCAACCCUAGUACCAUUUAUUAUUGCAAAACCUCUUGGUCAUUACAUUGGUGAUAAUAUAGGCAAAUUCAUAACCGAGGGUAUUAAAUAUGAUAACAGAAUGGUUGAAUUCAAUCCAUUAAGUCUUCAACCUGGAGAUCAGAUUGUUAUGCCAAGAGAUUUUUGGCACAUGGCAUGUCAUGCAUUGUUUGUGAGUUAUGAAGACGACGAAAGCAAAAUACGUGUGAUUCGAAGACACAACAUUGAAGGGAUAGUGGAAGUAGUCAUCGACCUUCCUAGGAAGCUUUCAAAGAUUGUCUAUGAUGGUAAUGUUUGCGUGGAACCAGAAAAGGCUAUCAGUAGGGCCCGUUCAAAAGUUGGCAAGAGCGAGUUUAAAUUUUCUUUCCUAAUAUGUCAAAGCUUUGUUGAAUGGUGUAAACUUAGUUGAAUAAACCGCCAACUCAACACGUACAUUGUGAUUACAAAACAUUUUGUCCAGUUGAUAUGUUCCAUAGUAUUGUCUUUUAUUUUGAUGUUUUUUAGAAGCUAAGUGUAAUUCGUAGUAUUCUUUGUGCGUGUAGUAGCUUUUAGCGCUAAAAUUUUUUGCUAAGGAAAAAAGUAAACAUAAAAACUGUAAACAAUACUACUAAAUAGCAUUCAAUAACAGAGCUUGUAUUCCCAUGUGACAUUUCCCUCCAAUAACUGACGUUUAUACACGCAAUUGUCAAAGCCAACAGGGCUUUCCACUAAAAAUGUAGUCAAGUUUACAUAGUAAGAGUUUUGAACGUAAUAUUUUCAAAGCAGGUUUUGUAGCAUUAGAGAGUAUUAUUUAAUAUUAUUUUUAGUCUUACUAAGCAGAAUAAUGUCACGAACUUUGUGACUUCUCGCCAUUUUAUCACCAUUAAGUCGCGGACUUGGGUGAGUAUUUUUUUGCGGAGAGAAGCGGAGGGCGCGUCAGCGCCCGGAGCGUAGCGGAGCCCAUUUCCUCAUUAAAUAAGCCAAAUAUAAGGGACGGAGGAGAGUGUAUAGGAUUUCCGCCCCCACUAUACAUCAAAAUCAUUGAAUUUUCGUGCCACUUUUUUUUUGGACUGGGUUGCCCAGUACUUUAAUCCGGUCAUUCUCUUAUAUAAUUGCUAAAUUAAGCGAGACAAGGUGUUUUUUUAUUGACACAACGAGGGAGUGCUUUUGUUUAUUUAAAGAUGGCCUAGCGUAAUUUGUAUAUUGUAUAUAUAUAUAAGGUCAUUUUCAAGAAACGAAGAAAGGGUAUGUUUAGCUAGCUAGUA